CGGCACUGCGCCCGCAGCCCUUUGUCUUUCUCGGCUGCCGUCCUCCCGCCGCUCCCCUGCGCCGCCAUUGGCCGCAGCCCCGACCCGGGUCGGGGAAGGAGGGAGCGAGUGGGCGGGGCCGCAUGGCGUCAGCGCAAGAUGGCGGCCUCGGCGGCGCUGUUCCUGCGCUUGCGGAGCGGGCUCCGGCUUGGCACGCGGGGGCUGUGCGCGAGGCUGGCGACGCCGCCCGCCCGGGCCUCGGACCAGGCCGCAGAGAUUGGGAGCCGCGGGGGCACUAAGGCUCAGGCCCAGGCUCAGGGGCCACAGCAGCAGCAGGGCACAGAGGGUCCCAGCUACGCCAAAAAAGUUGCGCUCUGGCUUGCUGGGCUGCUCGGGGCCGGUGGGACCGUGAGUGUCGUCUAUAUCUUUGGAAACAACUCUGUGGAUGAAACUGGUGCCAAGAUUCCUGAUGAAUUCGACAGUGAUCCGAUUCUGGUACAGCAGUUGCGCCGGACAUACAAGUAUUUCAAAGAUUAUAGACAGAUGAUCAUCGAGCCCACCAGCCCUUGCCUUCUCCCAGACCCUCUGCGGGAGCCAUACUACCAGCCGCCCUACACUCUGGUCUUGGAGCUCACCGGUGUCCUCUUGCACCCUGAGUGGUCGCUGGCCACUGGCUGGAGGUUUAAGAAGCGUCCAGGUAUUGAGACCUUAUUCCAGCAGCUCGCCCCUUUGUAUGAAAUCGUCAUCUUUACAUCAGAGACUGGCAUGACUGCAUUUCCACUCAUUGACAGUGUGGAUCCCCAUGGCUUCAUCUCCUACCGCCUAUUCCGGGAUGCCACAAGAUACAUGGAUGGGCACCAUGUUAAGGACAUUUCGUGUCUGAAUCGGGACCUGGCCCGAGUAGUCGUUGUGGAUUGCAAGAAGGAAGCGUUCCGCCUACAGCCCUACAAUGGAGUUGCACUGCGACCCUGGGAUGGCAACUCUGAUGACCGCGUCUUGCUGGAUCUGUCUGCCUUCCUCAAGACCCGGCUGACCCCCCACCUGCUGUGCCCACAGCUAUCGCUCUGAAUGGUGUGGAAGAUGUCAGGACGGUGCUGGAGCACUAUGCCCUGGAGGAUGACCCUCUGGAGGCUUUCAAACAGCGGCAAAGCCGGCUAGAGCAGGAGGAGCAGCAGCGCCUGGCCGAGCUCUCCAAGUCCAGCAAGCAGAACCUCUUCUUCAGCUCUCUCACCAGCCGCUUGUGGCCUCGCUCCAAACAGCCCUGACCUCUGGGGCUCCUCAAACUCAGUGCCUGGGACGCAGGCCCCAGGCCUCUUGUGCUCCCAGAUCAUGGCUUGGGCAGCCACAUGUCCAAUAAAGGCCACCCAGAUGCCACACUUCUGUGUCCAGAGAGUCUCCAGAAGGGGGCAUCCAGGUGCGGUCUGGGACUCGCGGAUCAUCGCCCCACAGCAGCUCACCAGCUGCCCAGCACAGAAUAUGUGCUUUGGUGGCUCAGGGCUGGUUUUCAACCCCGGCCUAGGAAUCUGAAAACCUGGGUCCCUGUGGCAGUGUCCUUGUGCGUUCUGUGUGAUCUGCAAAAAGUGUACCUCCCACUUUGGCCUGAGAUUCCCCAUCUUGGAAAAGAAGAGAAGACUGUGCUGGGGGUUUUAAAAACAGGUAGCGCCAGGCUGGCACGUGGACUGGUGGCUUGGCUUAGCUGGAGGAUCCUAGCGGCCUGGAGGUCACCCUGUCCUGUGCAGGUUGCUGCUCAGCUCUGCCAGCUGCGGCUCUAGGGUUGCUUGAUCUGAAUUUUCAACAGAAGCCAGAAAUUGGGAAAUUUAUAUUAUAUCGCCCUUUUUUUUUCCCAACCCCUUCAUCUCCCUAUUUUUAAAUGUUGGCUCAUAACAAAAAUAGGCUAUGUAGCAGCACUUGACAGCAGGACUUCCUGUGAUGUUUAUUCCACGUUCUAAAUGUGCUGAUACAGCAGCCAGUGCCACGGGGAGCUAGUGAGUACUUGAAAUGAGACUGGGUUAGUAACUGAAGAGCGGAAUUUCCAAUUUUGUUAAAUUUUAGUUUAAAUAGCCACGUCUGGCUCCUGGCUCCUGCCCUGGACAGUACAGUUGUGUAUUUAAUAAGUGUAUGAGUUCCAGACUGUUCAAAUUCAAAUCCAACUUCCACUGCUUCUAAGCUUGUGUGAUCUUGGACAAGUUCACCCCUUAGUGCCUGAGUUUCCCCAUAGCAGUGCCUACCACAGGCUAGGUUUGAGGGCCGAGUGAGGCUCUCCAUGUAGGCACUCUGAUGGUAACUGUGUGAACCUCAGACAAAGCACUUUUCUGCCUCAGUUUCCUCAUCUCUAAAAUGGGGGUGAUGGUAAUACCUAUCUUAGAGCAGUUGUGAGGAAUAAAUGGGACAGUUCCUACUCAGGUGCUGUACAUAUUCACAUGGGGCUUGUUAUCAGGUCAUACUGGUUAUUCUCUAAAUAAAACGGCCUAUAUGAG